GCGACAGUAGCAUUGUAGAUUUGAGGUCUUCACAGCGGUGAGUAUGAAGAUUUCUGUCUUCUGGGUUGUUGCGCUGUGUAGUCUGGUAGAUGUUUACCAACAUUUCUGAGGUCAUACUGCCUCCGUCAUCAGGGCAACAGUAGCAUUGUUAUGAAACGUAUUCUGUGUGUUAUAUUUUAGCGAAGUUUAUGGGAAAUAUGGUCCCACCCAUAAUCCUGUGGUGUUUCUGAAGUUGUCAUAUUUCCUCUUCCAGUAUUUUGACACAUUUGAAAUUUUUCUUCAGUACCAUCCAUAACUGCUUUGACCACAGCUUCAUUAACUUCAAAGUUAUUCAUAAGGGCAGAAGAAAACUACAAGAAACUUCAACUCAGAUUAAAUAUUGUGAUGGUCCAACAGCAGCUGGAUACUAGCAAGAAAUUAUAAAUGGUUACCAGGUAUGAAGCAGGUUCUCAGUACAGUAGAACAUGGGGCCCAACAGAAGGGAGAUACUGGUAAAGAAUUUGUAAAUACAGGAGAAAAGGAAAAAAAAACUGGAAGGGUUGUUGAGGGCUUACAUAAAUUGGACUUAACAGAUGAUACUGAAGUUAAGAAGUCAGUCACAAAAUUUAAACCAAGCUUUUUAAUACACUGUGCAGCACAGCGGUUCCCAGAUAAAGUUGAUUUGGACCCAGUGGGUGCUGCUAAGAUCAAUGUUGAUUCUUCAAGACAUCUUGCACAUAUUGCUGAUUUUUUACAAGUCCCGAUGCUACACAUCAGCACAGACUAUGUGUUUGAUGGCAAGUCCCCACCAUAUGCUGUGAAUGCAGUGCCCAGUCCUCUCAACCUAUAUGGGAAAACCAAGUUGAAUGGGGAAAAGGCCACACUGGCAGUUGGAAAAGGUAACCUUGUGUUACGUGUGCCAGUCCUGUAUGGUCCAGUAGAAUACUUGGCUGAAAGUGCAGUAACUGUUCUCUUAAACAACCUCAUUCAUAGAGACAAACCAUGCAAGAUUUCUAACUAUGAACGACGCUGCCCAUCCCAUGUUGAUGAUAUUGCUGAUAUAUGUCUGCAGUUGGCAGUGAAGAGACUUGAGGAUGAAAACAUUUGCGGCAUUUUCCACUGGUGCGGCAAAGAGAUAUUCACCAAGUAUGACAUGUUGGUGCAGAUUGCCAGCGUGUUCCAUCUGCCGUAUGAUUCCCAUGUGAUUCCAGACUCUAACCCGCCCAGUGCCACCACAACCACACAUCGGCCAUAUGAUACAACUCUGGAUACCUCACGACUUGAACAGCUGGGUAUUGGACAUCACACACCAUUUGAUAUUGGAAUUAAGUCUGCACUGCAGCCAUGGGUCAGGUAACACACAGGUAAAACUGAAUAAUUAGUUGACUAUGUUAUGUAAGUUAUAUAUUUAUUUCAGGUAUUGUAUUAAGGGGAAAUAAAAGAACGGAAAUUAAGUACCAGUAUUCAGAGAGGGCAGAUCGUGGACUUGAUAUUACAGCACCAACUGGUCAAUCAUUUAACAUGCUCAUACUUGGUUACCUACUCUUGGUUAUUCUGUAACUGUACAUAUGAAGUAUAACAAUUAAAGAGACUGAGUUUACUCUAGGUUCACAAUGAAUAAUAGGCUGGAUGGUCCAAUCAGCAUUACACAGAGGUGAGGCUUCACUUUCUGGCCAACUGUAUUCCAGUGCAUACUGAAUAGGAGGCUGGUUAACCCCCUUCAUGAUUUAGCAGCCAAACAGUCAUCAGGAUUCAGUUUGUUCAAUUGGAAAUUUUUUGUUUGUUAUCAUAAGUGUUGGUGAUAAACUCUUGGAACAAAAAACUUAACUAAUUCCAUGGAGCUCAGCAAUGGAACAUUCACUGAAGAAGAUAAAAUAUUUGACUAGGCCAGUGAAUUUUGCACCAUGAUAGUGCUCCUUCCCAUACAGCAUUUUUGGUAAACUUUGAUGUAUUCUUUUGUCUUCAUAUUCAUGACAGAUCAGAAAGUUAUUUCGUCACUUUAAUCCUGUAGCCUAUUAAGGGAUAAAACACCCAGAUAUAAGGCAUAAGAUGUUUUGCUCUUCAAUGCGCUAUAUGUUGUUCUGUUCUGUAUUGUGAAAGAACUAUUUCCACAGGUUUUAAUUUUAUAUGCCCUUACAAUGACAAUAUACACUGAAGUGUCGGUCAAUGCUGUUCAUCACUUCCAAAAGUUGCAGAAAAUUUUGUUCUGAAAUAAAGUGUAAUAUCACCAUUGUACCUCAUUACUGAAUCAGAAGAAGCUAUAAUCCCAACAUUGUCAGAAUAAUUCUUGGUCCUUAAAAAGGCAUACUAGUGAUGUUUCACUGUAUUCUGUUGGUAACCCUUUUUUGAUGCAGUCUGUGGCUGAACAAUGUGAUGGUAAGCUAUAGUGAAUCGUAUGAUUUUUGAAGCUCUAUCGUUUCAACACAUCGAUGAAUGUCUCUCUUGGCAGCCUAAUGUUGGCCACCAACUUCAUACUUUUCUUGCCCUCUGCCUGUCUGUUUAGCAGUUUCAUUCUCCUGGUCACAUCUCCUCCAUACUGUAGAAAAAAAGAAUAGCAUGUCAGUAACGAUAUAACAAAGGUUCUCUACUGUAGAUUGGUUUACAGAUAAUAUAACUGAUUGGGGGCAUAUGAGAAUGAAGUGUUGAAGAAAUGCUUUAGACUAAAUAACAGGCAAAUGCAGAUAAUCAUAAUUUUUAAACUUUUACUGGAGUAUUCUCAUUUAUCAUCAUUGCUUUUCUAUGUACACAACAUUGUAUAUUGUGGCUACAUGUUCUGUCAUACUCAUAAAAUCAAGUCAAAAAGUUCCUUCAUGGGUAAAGUGGCUGAAGCUUGCAUUUGAUCACUUCCCUAUAUAUCGUCAUGGUUAGAUAGAUGCUAAGUAAGUAAAAUUUUCUUUGAUAUUUAGGUUAUUGGCAUGCCUAAAAAUACUAUGGUUAAUCUGAAAAUUACAUAAUCUGCUUGCUGAUAAGUGAGAACCUUCUGUACAAGAAAAAGUAAUUUAUGAUUCUAUACAGUGUAAUUAAUUUUGUAACAGUAGACUUGUAUCUGUAGUAAGGGAACAUCAGAGCCAGUGAGGUGUAAAUAGUAGCAAACAAGACAUUUGAAAUGUAUGUAUACUCUACUGAAAUACAUCUUUCAACUUUUGUUGGAAUUAUAGUUUAAAUGUAA